CUGAUAACUACUUCACUGAAAGAUCAGGAUUGCUGUAAAGAGAAGAAUGGAGAUGAGUGAGGAGAUUUAUGCAAAUGCAGAAGUUACAGCAGACAACAGAGCUGAUUCCAGUGACAGCGGGCCCUCUUAUGAAGAUGUUUAUGCGAAUGAGGACAAUUUGGAGACCCAGAGGACCGGAAGUUUCAAUCAAUCUGAUCGCUCAGGAGGAGAAACUGCAUGGAGCAGGUGUUACAGAGUGACUGUAGUGUGUGUGGUGCUGCUGUGUGUUCUCCUGCUGACUGCCGUCACGGUGCUGUGGAUCCGAUUCAACAACCUGACUACACAAAACAACCAGUUACAGACCAGUUACAACAACCUGACUGAAGAGAGAGACCAGUUACAGACCAGUUACAACACCCUGACUAAAGAGAGAGACCUGUUACAGACCAGGUACAACACCCUGACUAAAGAGAGAGACCAGUUACAGACCAGGUACAACACCCUGACUAAAGAGAGAGACCAGUUACAGAUCAGGUACAACACCCUGACUAAAGAGAGAGACCUGUUACAGACCAGGUACAACACCCUGACUAAAGAGAGAGACCAGUUACAGAUCAGGUACAACACCCUGACUAAAGAGAAAGACCAGUUACAGACCAGGUACAACACCCUGACUAAAGAGAGAGACCAGUUACAGACCAGGUACAACACCCUGACUAAACAGAGAGGCCAAUUCAGAGUCUUUUAUAGAGCAGAGAUGUCUCAGACUGUUUCCGAUUAUGUGAACUACGCUAAGGAGAGAGGAGAGCGCAUCGAGAAGGUGGUGGAACUCUAUGAGAGAGGAGAUGCUGCUAGACCUCACAAGCCCGAAACCGAGACGGAGGAUGCCAACACGAAGACUCAACACGCAGGAGGAGACACUGCAUGGAGCAGGUGUUACAGAGUGACUGCAGUGUGUGUGGUGCUGCUGUGUGUUCUCCUGCUGACUGCCGUCACGGUGCUGUGGAUCCGAUUCAACAACCUGACUACAGAAAACAACCAGUUACAGACCAGUUACAACACCCUGACUGAAGAGAGAGACCAGUUACAGACCAGUUACAACACCCUGACUGAAGAGAGAGACCAGUUACAGACCAGUUACAACAACCUGACUACAGAAAACAACCAGUUAAAGAUCAGUUACAACACCCUGACUAAAGAGAGAGACCAGUUACAGAGGGAGAGAGAUGGAUAUCUGAGUACACUUGAUCUGUGUUGGAGGUGUUCCACCUUCAACUCCAGUGUUUACUAUAUAUCUAAUGUGAACAAGAACUGGGAGGAGAGCAGACAGGACUGCAAGGACAAAGGAGCAGACCUGGUGAUCAUAAACAGCAAGGAGGAACAGGUGUUCAUCGGUAAUCAGCUGAACAGCAGUCAGGCUUGGAUUGGUCUGAGUGAUGGAGCUGUAGAGGGAGACUGGAAAUGGGUGGACGGUACACCACUGACCACUGCGUACUGGGCUGAUGGAGAACCGAAUAAUUUAUUUGAUGAGGACUGUGCUGAGAUGAUCAAUUCUCCAAAUGGGAAAUUAUGGAAUGACAAUAAAUGCUCUCAUGAAACACUCUGGAUCUGUGAGAAACUGGAGAUGGUGGUGGAGAUCUUUGCGAGUGCAGACACUGUUAGAGGUCACGACUCUGACACAGAGAAGGAAGGCGGUGACACAAAGAAAGUCCCAGACACAGAUCCGAACACAGGAGGAGACACUGCAUGGAGCAGGUGUUACAGAGUGACUGCAGUGUGUGUGGUGCUGCUGUGUGUUCUCCUGCUGACCGCCGUCACAGUGCUGUGGAUCCGAUUCAACAACCUGACUACAGAAAACAACCAGUUACAGACCAGUUACAACAACCUGACUAUAGAGAGAGACCAGUUACAGACCAGUUACAACAACCUGACUAUAGAGAGAGACCAGUUACAGACCAGUUUCAACAACCUGACUAAAGAGAAAGACCAGUUACAGACCAGUUACAACACCCUGACUAAAGAGAGAGACCAGUUACAGAUCAGUUACAACAACCUGACUAUAGAGAGAGACCAGUUACAGACCAGUUACAACAACCUGGCUAUAGAGAGAGGCCAGUUACAGAGGGAGAGAGAUGGAUACCGGAGUACUGUGUAUCUGUGUUAUAAAGGGAGGUGUUUCAACUUCGACUCCAGUGUUUACUGCAUGUCUAAUGAGGAGAAGAACUGGGAGGAGAGCAGACAGGACUGCAAGGACAAAGGAGCAGACCUGGUGAUCAUAAACAGCAAGGAGGAACAGGAGUUCAUCAGUAAACAGCUGGGCAGCAGUCAGGCUUGGAUUGGUCUGAGUGACGGAGCUGUAGAGGGAAAGUGGAAAUGGGUGGACGGUACACCACUGACCACUAAGUUCUGGGCUACAGGGGAACCGAAUAAUGAAGAUAAAGGGAGGUGUUUCAGCUUCAACUCCAGUUUUUACUGCAUAUCUAAUGGGAACAAGACCUGGGAGGAGAGCAGACAGGACUGCAGGAACAAAGGAGCAGACCUGGUGAUCAUAAACAGCAGAGAGGAACAUGAGUUCAUCAGUAAAAUCCUGAGCAGCAGAAAAGCUUGGAUUGGACUGAAUGACAGAGAAACAGAGGGCGUGUGGAAGUGGGUGGACGGUACAAAGCUGAACACUGGGUUCUGGGGACAUGGAGAACCCAACGGUGCAUGGGAGGACUGUGUUGUAACUCGUGAUAAGACUGAUCCUGUCUGGAACUGGUCUGAUUAUCCCUGUAGUCGUCAGUUUAUUUGGAUCUGUGAGAAGACAGUCAUUAUCUGAAUUACUGUAUGUGAUUGCAAAGCAGUAAAUAAGUUGAUAUUUUUA